AUGUCCAAUUCAGAGGACCCUCUCCUUUCCGACCUGUGCUCAAUCUGUCACAUCCAUACGCCGAAAUAUCGCUGUCCCCGCUGCUCAACGCGUUCCUGUUCCCUGCCUUGUUCUCGUCGUCACAAGCUGUGGUCGCAAUGUUCUGGAGUCCGCGACCCGGCAGCUUACCUCCGUCGCAACGAACUAGCCACUGAGUCCGCUUUUGACCAGGACUUUAACUUUAUCACGGGGAUCGAGAGACGGCUGGAGCGCGCGGAGAGAGAAGCAGAGAACAGAGGCAUACAAAUAGACCCCGAGCGCCAUAAGUUUGCAGAUCUUGCUGCCGUGGGGCUGCAGCAUGAAGUGAACGAGGAGGAUGACGGUGCGCGGAAGAGGAAGAGGCCGAAUAACGAUGGGGGGAUGGUGAAGGGAGAGGCGGGAUUUCUGCGUGGUGCUGAAGAUGCAGGCGUUACAGUGGUUCGAGCGCCAAAGGGUAUGAGUCGGAGUAAGAACAAUGGAUCGAGAUGGCAUCCUAAACUAAAGUGCUUGAAUUGGAUGGCGGAGUGGAUCAUGCCGGAUGGUCAGAAGAGGAGUAGAAAUUGCCUGGAAUCGAGCACAAUUGCGGAUGCAUUUGAUCGCGUCUAUCCCCUACCUAAGCAGGAGAGAGAAAAGAAGAAAAAGGAGGAGGAGCAGACCUCAGACCAGGGUGCAGAAAAGGACCAGAGACCUGGGUCCGAAUCUCGCGAUACCCUUCUUUCAUCGGACGCUGUGACUUUCCCUCAAGCAGCCACGCCAGUUAUUGAUGGUGAGGCACAACCAGAGGACACUCCAACGGACGAACAAUCAUCUACACAAAUGGCAGAGGUCACCGCCCAUCGCAAUUUCUUUUUCUAUCUUCACCGUCCGCGGACCGCUACGAAACAAACCGUACUGAUCCCUCUACCACCGAGGAUGAAUUUCACCACCGCUCUUCGAGGCCACACUGUCUUGGAGUUUCCUACUAUUUACGUGCUUCAUGAGUCUCCUGAUGAAGUACUCUCCAAACGGGAAGAAUCUAAAUUCCUGUUGGAGGAGGAAUAUGUCCGUGCACAUCCAAAUCCAGAGCCCGAGCUGGGUGAAAUAGCCGUGGAAAGUGAUACCCAGCUGCUACCUGGUUCAAAGGAUCUUACAAAUAUCGAUGAGAAGAAGGUCCUAGAAGUGUUGAAAAAGGACCUGUUUGAGUCCGUACCGGCAGCUGCAUUGGAAAUAUAG